AGUUAUACAAGAUAAUAAAAUAAUGAAUGAUAAAAACCCAUUUGAGCGCCACUGAAUUCAAACGUCUCAAAACCGAAGCUCCUCCCAUCAUAUAAGAUUUUUCUCCACCUUCAUAGUUGGCAAUUUCUCUACUUUGGCUUCUAACCUUUUCUUGCUUCAAUGGAUUUUCCUCUUUCGCCUGGGUUUCUGUAUAGUCUGACCGACAUCCAGAUCGUGGACUGUCUCCUGAAGCGGAAGGUUCUUGAUCCCACAUUUUGCAACAUGAUCAUUGGCGAUUUCGAUGAUCUCCCCUGCAAAGAUCCUUGUACCUUACCUGGUAGAGAUACAAAGAGGUACUUCUUCGGCAAAAGACUUAGGAACGUAAUUACGGUGUCACGUUAUUGGACACCGAUCGGACAGGAGAAGAGAAUUCUGGAUCCUGAGAGCAAAGAAGUGGUUGGGAUUAGAAAAACGCUGGCACUUGUCCAUUCCGAUGGGAAGAUGCCUUUUUUCCACAAUCAGCCUAGAUCCCUUUGGUUCAUGUAUGAGUAUCGCCUCGCUGAGAUGCAUGGAACGGAUCAGCAAGAGUGGGCAGUGUACUGUGUCUUUCUGAAGGAGACUAAGACCUAUCACGACAUCCAUUUAUGGAUAGAAAGCGAAACAGAUGAAUCUGAAGAGAGUGGUGGGGAAGAGAAGGAUGAUGGUGAUCAGAUCGGGCAAGCAGGGAACAGCUCUGGCAUUGGUCCUCCUCCGGCCACCUGAUUCACCAGCUGUCUGAACUUAGAGGAAGAUAAAGCAUUAGAUGAUUCUUGACCAAUAUGACCGCAGAAACCGUUUUAACAUCAUACCCACCAUUCCAUGUGUGUAUGUAUGGCGCUAGAUCAUGUGAUGGAAAGAACCCAUGUAUCAUAGAUCAUCCUACUCAUGUCCUUGGCCUGAUUCUUUGUGAAAUUCCAUGGCCAUCAUCAUUCUCUACUGGAGCUAGAGUCAUAUUUCCAGGUUCUGAAAAGAGAUUGAGAGCCACAGAAAUAAAAAUGUCUUCUUGCCUUAAAAUGGAUCUUAUGUGUGAUUCUUUCAAUUUUGAUGUUGGGUUUC